AUGGCGAAAUACCGCAGCCGAUCGUCAAAGGUACUCAUCAGUGGACUCCCCCUGCAUGCUCGUUUCGACAACAUCGAGCCCCUACUCGCCCAGUAUGGCAACGUGCAACAUUGCGACAAAGCUCAUGCGCGGGAACCCAACACCCAAGCGGUGUUCAUCACUUUCGAGACUCCGGAGCAAGCGCAGCAAGCCAUAAACGGGCUGAACGGCUAUGAGUUGGAGGGCAACCGGAUGAAGGUGGAGGCUGUGGAGCAGAGCGCCCGCGGCGGGCGUCGCGGGCGGCCGGGCGGCGGGCGCGGCGGCGGCGGCGCGGCCGGCGGCGGCGCGCGCCCCACCGACUUCCCGCUGCGGCUGCUCGUCCAGAGCGACAUGGUCGGCGCGAUCAUCGGCCGCCAGGGCAGCACCAUCCGCCUGAUCACGCAGCAGUCGCGCGCCCGCGUCGACGUCCACCGCAAGGACAACGUCGGCUCCUUGGAGAAGGCGAUCACCAUAUACGGCAACCCGGAGAACUGCACCAACGCUUGCAAGCGCAUACUCGAGGUCAUGCAGCAGGAGGCGAACAAUACCAACAAGGGCGAGAUUUGCCUGAAAAUCCUCGCGCAUAACAAUCUGAUUGGCCGUAUAAUCGGAAAAGGUGGGAACACCAUCAAGAGAAUCAUGCAGGAGACUGAUACCAAGAUUACAGUUUCUUCUAUCAACGACAUCAAUAGCUUCAAUUUGGAACGGAUCAUCACCGUUAAGGGAACUAUAGAAAACAUGGCCAAAGCAGAGUCACAAAUAUCAGCUAAACUGCGCCAAAGCUAUGAAAACGAUCUGCAGGUGCUGGCGCCGCAGAGCAUCAUGUUUCCGGGGCUGCACCCGAUGGCGAUGAUGUCUACGGGGCGCGGAUUCUGCAACGCGCCGCCGCCGUACCCGCCGCCGAUCUACGCGCCGCUGGCCGGCCGCGGCGGCGCACAACAAGGCGCUGGCGACUCUCAGAAUGAAACGGCUGUCGGUUCGCAGGAGACUACGUACCUGUACAUCCCGAACAACGCAGUGGGGGCAAUCAUCGGCACUAAGGGCUCGCAUAUCCGCAACAUCAUUCGCUUCAGCAAUGCUUCUGUGAAGAUUGCUCCUCUGGAGCAGGAGAAGCAAGGAGAGGCUGCUGCCGGCGCUCAACCCGAGCGGAAGGUUACCAUAGUUGGUAGCCCUGAGGCCCAGUGGAAGGCGCAGUACUUGAUCUUCGAGAAGAUGCGCGAGGAGGGCUUCAUGUCGGGGUCUGACGACGUGCGGCUCACCGUGGAGAUCGUGGUCGCUUCGUCGCAGGUGGGCCGCAUCAUCGGCAAGGGCGGACAGAACGUGCGCGAGCUGCAGCGCGUCACCGGCUCGCUGAUCAAGCUGCCCGAGCAGCCGCCGCCCGCCGGCGCGCAGCCCGACCAUGAGACCACGGUGCACAUCGUCGGGCCCUUCUACAGCGUGCAGCAGUCGCCCGAAGCGGGA